AUGACUUGCGACAUCUCCAUCACCUUGAUGGUGAUUAUAGUUGAAAUAACUAGUGGACAAGAUGCUUUUAGUGAUAUUAAACAUAUCGUUCGAAUAAAUACUCAAAAUCCUGGUGAAUGCGGAACCGAAUAUGAAUUGAUUACGAAUACAGAAUGA